GGGUUUAGAAGUGGGAGAGCUGUAACCAGAAUUGACCGUGCAAAGCUGCCACUUAUCAGCUUAGAUAAUCUCUCUGUAGUCACUGUAGGAAAUGAGGCUGUUUGGGGGACUGUAGAAGGGCAUUAAGCUAAAUUCCAAUAGUUACUUAAUUCAGGGUAUAUUAGAUCAGUUAAGGCCCCAAGACGGCUGAGUUCCCUUACUCAGACCUUUCCCAGUGUGACAAGAUCGUUGCUGUAAUGCCAGUGACGUUUUUUCAGUGGAAGUGCCAGCACGCCAUGUUCAUCCUUGCCAUGUUCAGAGGGGCAUGCUUUCCCUUGCUCUGCCCCGUCUUUAGAGCAACAGGUAUGGAGAGGCCUCCUCGCAAUGAAAGAGUGAAAGAAAGGCCAGGGUUAGUUUAUGGAGCGCAGAGGAACGAAGGCAACGUGUGGGAUGUGAUGGGAAGCGGGGGGAGUGUGGGAAAGCAGUGAUUGCAGACGUGGUGGGAGCUGCGGACCCCUCGAGACAGAGCCAAGGAGAAGCAAACAUGAGCUGGGGGCAGCCUGAGCCCCAGGAUAACCCAUCUCGGGCAGGUGGCAGUGAGUGCACUCCAAGAACAAGCCAGCAGCAGGUGGAUGAUGAGGCGGUGUGGCGCCGUGUUGGUGCAGCAGGGCCCCAUGUAAGAGUGGAAGAUGGGGAAAACACGCUGUUUCCCAGACACAGCGUCCUCCCAUCUCUGCCACCCAGCCUUCUGGCAGAACUGAGACUGGGGAAGUGAAAUUAACCCUGGGAGAAGACAGAGACAGAAAUAAAUGACACUUCUUUCUCUGCCCUGAAGAGGGUUGGCCAAAUUCUGCUUCCCUGAAACCCACGUACGGACUUGGUGCCCCCCGACUGGGAGCCAUUCUGGUGCAAUUGCUGCUGGGGAAAUGGUGAAGAAGAACCCACCCAUGGGCAGCCCAGGUCUGCAAGCAAACUGGGAGGUGUUGGUUUUCUAAGAAAACCGGACACGGGGUAGCCCUGGGUGCAGGAGAUGAAUGCCAGCAGAGGUGUGUGUGAGGUUGUAGUUGGGAUGUGUGCUAGGUUUUGCAAGCCCAGUGAGCUGCUUCUCUGAGAAGUCCCUGAGCAGGGGCAGGCAGCUGAUGCUGCAGUUUCGAGCAGGUGUGGAAAAAGUCUGUGUCCUCCUGGCUGCUGGGGGUGUUUGGGCAAAGUUCCCCACUUCCUGCACUGGUGCAUUUCCCCUUCAAACUUCAGCUGCUAAUUUUCUUUCUUUGUCACCUACCCCUUGUGGCAUUCGUUGUGGCUGGGUGCCUGUUGCGAUGCUGAUGUCAGAGCUAUAGGGACCUUAACGAGGGCCACUCACCUCUGGUGCCUGCUAUGAACAGCUGAGAAAAAACCAGCUCUGCAUGGGGCCUCAGGGGAGCAUCUUGUGUGACCAGGUCAAAGAAAGACAUUUACCUUUCCAUUUGCCUUCAUUUGCCCCAAAUCCAGACUUCCUAUUUGCCCUCCCAGGUGCCUUCUUUGUGGCAGAGGAAUGGUCUAGAUCAGCCAAGAUCCCUUGGCCCUAUUUUCUCUGAUGCUCCACCUACGCAGCAGGCAAUAGAGAAUGAGCAAGCUUUAGAGAAACGUAGAGACAGGAGCACACUGACUGCAGCAGGGUGUAGCUGUGCUUUGGUUAAUUCACCCAUCGAGCCCACGUGGGGAAGGGAGGUUCUGUUAGUGGUUAAAACAGACGAGCAGAAUUAUAUGCAGAAGUAGCACCUGUGGUUUGUUAAUAUUGUGAUGAUGCCACUGUUUUACCUUGACCCUUCCAGAGGAGCACGCGUAAAUGUGCGAAAGCCUCAGGAAGACAGAAAGAAAGCUGCUAGAAAUUGAGAUGAAAGACAUGAUAUAUGCUUCUUUAUGAACAGUUUGGUCUGCUCAUCCUGAAACGGUGAGUUUUGUACGCACUUCAGACAGGGCAAAGUUCUGACCGAGGGACUUAAUUCAGGGCAGAUCAGAGAGGAGCUGGGUUUUGACCUGGCUGUGGGGGGUGGGUGGAAAAAAAAAAAAAAAAAAAAAAAAAAGAGAGAGAAAAAAAAAAAAAAAAAACAGCCAAAAAACGACAGUUGACCACAUCAUUUUCUUCAGUGUGGACACAGUCUCGGAUGUCCACGAUGACAUUAGACAGCCUGGAUGUGAUCUAUAUCAUGGUGGAGGUUGUUAUUGGGAUAUGUGCGGUGGUGGGCAAUGCCUUGGUGAUCUGGGCAGUGAAGCUGAACCCGGCUCUUCAGAAGACCACCUUCUUCUACAUUGUUUCCCUGGCACUCACUGACAUUGCUGUGGGGAUCCUUGUCAUACCGCUGGCCAUCACGGUGAUCCUAGGAGUUGUCAUGCACUUCUACUCCUGCUUGUUCAUAUGCUGCCUGUUGAUGAUCUUCCCCCACGCCUCGAUCCUGUCUCUCCUGGCCAUCACCAUCGACCGGUACCUGCGAGUGAAGCUGCCUACCAGGUACAAGGCAACCAUCACAAAGAAAAGAGUCUGUGUGAUUCUGGGACUCUGCUGGCUCCUGUCUGUGCUGGUGGGACUGGUCCCCCUGAUGGGGUGGAACCAGCACAUGGGUGGCUCCAGCUACAUCGAGUGCCACUUUCUGGCUGUGAUGAGAAAGGAUUACGUGGUGUACUUCAGCUUCUUCACCUGGAUCCUCCUCCCCUCGCUUAUCAUGUGUACCCUCUACGCCAAGAUUUUUCACAUAAUGCGGACAAAAUUAAGCCAAAACUCAGCAAGGCUUCCAGAUGGAGGAACGGUUUAUCCGAAGGCGUACAAAACAGCCAAAUACAUGGCCCUCCUUCUCUUCCUCUUCGCAGUGUCUUGGCUGCCUCUGGGCAUCCUGAACUGCGUUUUGCACUUCUGCCCCUCCUGCACCAUCCCACGGAGCCUGGUGUACCUGAGCAUCCUGCUGUCGCACGCCAACUCCGCCAUGAACCCCGCUGUCUAUGCCUUCAAGAUAGAGAAGUUCAAAGAAACAUGCACUUUCAUUCUGAGGACUUACUUUCUGUUCCAGAACUCAGAGUUGGUCAUUUCUAGCGCGGAGCACACGGCAGAGCAAACGCGAGUGAGCGUGAUCUGAGCAAGUCCUGCGCCGGGGCUGUGUCCGGGCUGCGUGCGACCGAAACGGCCGGGGAGCAGCAAGCAAGGGGAUGUGGCACAGGGGUGUAUUUAUCAGCUUCUGCCUUCUGGAACUGUAAUUGUGCUUGCAUUUUGCUGUUAAGCUAACUGAGCAGUGAGGUGAUUAGUUCAGAAUCCUAAUUAAUUUAAGAAACAAACAAACAAAAAAAAAACUUUGCAUUUCUGAAGCAAAAGGGUUUUGAAGUUUGGAAAAGAGUGGUAACUCAACAGGUGUGGAUGAAGAAUUGAUCCUGUUCAUGUUUAUAGAUGCUUUGCUCUGUUAAUAAAAAGCAUGGUGCCAGGUGAGUGGUUUUUGGGGGAUCCUGUGAGUCCUGCCAGGUGGUGCCCAAGGUUCCCAGGCUGGAGCACGAUGCUCCUGCCUUCCCGUGGCUCCCUGUGCUCCGUGUCAGCAGUGCUGGGGCUGGGGUCCCUCCAUCUCCUGGGGUGAGACGUGUCCUGGGGCAGGAGGCACCUCUGGAGACCUUCAGGCUGACCCUGAGGUACAGCACAAGGUGCUGACAGCCCCCAAACAGACACAAUCAGCUACAGCCGGGGAGAGCAGGAACUGCUGAUCCUGAACUGUCCCCAAAAUACCCAAAUCCACCCUUUUGUCUGCUGUAACCCUCUGUCAAGCUCCUGCAGCACGCUGCUGGUUGAAUCCAGCAGGUUGGCAGGAGAGCUGACGUUAACCUUUUGCACUAAUUUUGCCCCUGCUAACAGUUCU